AUGGAAAAAUCAUUAACUGAAUGGCUCGAACUUUUUCAAAAAUCGAAUAAACUUCCAUAUGAUCCUGUCAAUGAUAUGAAAGGUAUUUUCGAAAAUGAACAAAUGCCGAAGCGCGUUCAUAGCGCUAGUGAUCGUGAUGAUGAUACUGAAUCAACUAGUAAUCAAAGUGCACCAAAACGUACUCGAAAAACUAAUGAUGAUCGUGAAAUUAAUGAUCUUUGCCAAGAAUUAUAUGAUUCCAUAAGAUCCUAUAAAUCUGAAGACGGUAGAGUUAUUUGUGAAACUUUUAUUCGUUUACCAAGCAAAAGAACACAUUCGGAUUAUUAUACAUUAAUAAAACAACCAAUUGAUUUAAUUCGUAUUCAACAAAAAAUUCGUACAGAUGAAUAUCAAACAUUUGAACAAUUUAAUGAUGAUAUACAAUUACUUUUAACAAAUGCAAAAACUUUUUAUCGAAAAAAUUCCAAUGAAUGGCGUGAUGCAAAUGAUCUAUCAAAAUACUUUUAUUCCAAAAUCAAUGAUGAACAACCAAAUCGAAAACGUAUAUUAAAAAAAAACAAUGAAAUUGAUAAUGAAGAAUUAUCUAUUGAUAAAAAACGACGUUUACAACAACCAUCAAAUGAAUUGAUAACAAAUGGUACAAGCAUAAAAAUUGAAUCCAAUAAUAAUCUUUCCAUUGAUCCAUAUUAUUUUGAAGAAUUUUUUACUGCUAUUUAUAAUGCUAAUAUCAAUGAACGUGCUAUGUCAGAAAUAUUUUUAUUUUUGCCUUCAAGAAAACUUUAUCCAGAUUAUUAUCUAAUUGUUACUAAUCCAAUUGAUUUAAAAUUAAUAGCAAUGAAAAUACAAAAUAAUCAAUAUUUAACAUUAGAUGAUAUGGAAAAUGAUUUAUUAUUAAUGAUAUCCAAUGCAAAGAAAUACAAUGAUCCGAAAUCACAAAUUUAUAAAGAUGCAGGUGCAUUAAGAAAGAUGAUUAUAAAUGUACGAAAUGAACUUGAUUCAGCAUUAAAAUCAACAAAAAAUGAUCGAUUAAGAACACGUAAACGUGAUGUUGUUCUAUCAUCUGAAAUUGCAAAUACGGAUUAUCCAGAAGAACCAAAUGAUGAAGAUAUUAUUCCUAUAAAAUCAAAUGAUGAUGCAGCUGAUUCGGAUACAAGUUCACUUGGUGAAGAAGAAGAUUUAUUUCGCAUUUUAUAUAAUGCUGUUCAAACUUAUAAACUUGGUGCUCAAAGUCUUAUUGAUCCAUUUAUGAAAUUACCUAAGAAAAGAUUUCAUCAAGAUUAUUAUGAAGAAAUAAAACAACCAAUUUCUAUGUCAUCAAUUAAAAAUCAUAUUAAAAAAGGAGAAUAUACUUAUUUAGCAGAUCUUGUUGAUGAUCUGAAAUUAAUGUUUAAUAAUGCUAUGCAAUAUAAUCAGGAAGGAUCACUCAUAUAUAAUAGUGCAAAAAAAUUACUGGAUAUUGCUCUUUUCAAAGCUCAUGAACUUGGAUACGAUGAACAUAAACCACGAGUACAAGAAGUUCGUCUUAAUUCUUCAAUCAUUCCAAUUAAAGAAGAACAGUUCGAAUUAUCACCAAAUCCGCAAGUACAACCACGAAAUCGUUCUUCCCCUGUUGUUGAAUUGCCAAAUUCUCAACGAGGUCGUCCUUCAAAAAAACUUCUAAAAAAUACCGAACAAAAUAUUCAAACACUCUAUUCCUAUAUUCGAGAUUAUCAGGAAAAUGAUAAUGAUUUAAUAAUUCCAUUUUUACAAUUGCCAUCUGCUAUUGACUAUCCUGAUUAUUAUGAAUCCAUUGAAAAUCCUAUUGAUAUGUCAAUAAUAAAAGAUAAAAUGGAUAAAGGACAAUAUAAACGUGAACAAGAUAUUGUCGAUGAUUUCAAUCGUAUGUUUAAUAAUGCAAAAAUCUAUAAUGUUGAUGAAUCGUAUAUAUAUAAAAAUGCUUGUCUUCUCGAACAAUUAUUAAUUGAUAAAUAUAAAGUUUUAAUGAAAAUGAAAGAAAAAUUGAUAAAAAAUUUAAAUGCUAAUCGAAUAUCAAAUCAAGGAAUAACAAAAAAAUCAUCAAAUCUUCCAUCAUAUAAAACAUUAAAUAAUAUAAUUCAAAUAAUCAAAAAUUAUUCAGAUCAUCAUGGACGAACAUUAUCUACAGCAUUUUUAGCUUUACCAUCGAAAAUUGAUUAUCCAGAUUAUUAUGAAAUAAUUCAACGACCCAUUGAUCUUAAACGUAUUGAAUCACGUCAAUAUAUAUCAAUUAAUGAAUUAUCUAAUGAUUUACAAUUGAUGUUUGAUAAUGCAUGUUUAUAUAAUGAACCAGGUUCAACAAUUUAUCGAGAUGCACUUUCACUUCAAAAUGUUUUCCUUAAUCAAAGAAAAAAAUUCCUCAAUACACAAUUAAAUGUACAAAGUUUAAUUCAAGAUUUGCUAUGGGAUUUGUUUAUACAAACAUUUAAUGCUGAAGAUUCACAAGGUCGUUUUUAUACGGAUUCAUUUACUGAUUUUUCUGAACAAGUUGAAAAUGAACCAUUUGAUAUUGUAUAUACAUUUGAUCUGAUUAAACAAAAUCUCAAUCAGCGACGAUAUCAUCGAUUAGAUGUUUUUCAAGAUGAUUUAUUUCGAGUAUUUGAACGUGCUCGAAAAUUGAAUAAUAUUGAUUCUCAAAUCUAUCAAGAUACAAUUCAAUUACAAAGAUUUUAUAUACGUUUACGUGAUGAUAUAUGUAAUCAUGGAAAUCUUCUUCGAUCACCGGCACUUUUGUUUACUGAAAAUUGUUUACAACAAGAACUUGCUCGUGAACGAACAGAAAAAGAUACAGUAGUUAGUAAUAAUCAGAACAGUAUAUCAACAGCUAAGUCAUCAGAUGAUGAUGAUGAAAAAAAAGAUUUACCUAUAAAAACUUUAUCAUCAACUGAAAAAAGUUCGUGUUCUAAAGGUGAAAUAUAUUAUAUUGGUGAUUUUGUUUAUAUUGAGUCAAUUGAUGAAAAAAGUGAAACAACUAUAUUUUGUAUUGAAUCAUUUGAACAUAAAGACGAUGAAGAUUAUUUUAAUGGUUUACAAUUUUAUCGUCCGAUUGAAACUUAUCAUUUACCAACAAAAAAAUUUCUUCGUCAAGAAGUUUUUUUAACACAAACCAUGAAACAUAUACCAAUGAAUAAAAUUCAAGGUUUAUGUCAUGUUUUAUAUAUAAAAGAUUAUUUUAAAUAUCAACCUAUUUUUGAUAAUCAAUCAAUAAAAAUUCCCGAUCUUGAUAAAGAUAUUUAUGUAUGUGAAUCACGUUAUAAUAUUAAAACAAAAAUUGUAAAAAAAAUUAAAUGGUGGAAUUUACCUGAAAAUAAACGUGUUAAAUUAAUUCCAAGAGAAACUAUACUCGAACCAAUACGUGAACAAUUAACAAUGAUGAAUAAUAAUAUUUUACAUCGUCAUUCAAUAAGUGAUAAUGAAUAUAAUAAUAUGGAUCCUAUUGAAAAAAUUAAAGAAACAAUUCCAUAUGAUUCAGUAAUUAAUGAAAAAUUAAAUGAAAAUUUACAAGAAAAACAACAAUUUUAUGAACAAAUUGUUAUUUCAUUGAAUUGUUAUUAUAAAAUAGGAGAUUAUGUUUAUAUUCAAGACAAUAGUAAUAUUAAUAAUCAAUCAGAUAAAAAAUCCAUUCUACGAAUUGAUAAAAUUUGGAAAGAUAAAAAUUCAUAUAUUAUAAGUGGACCACCUUUUAUUGGACUAUGUGAUAUAACUAAUCGAGAUCAAUUAAUAACAACAACCAAAUCAUCUUAUGCACGAGAAGUUUUUAAAUGUGAUAAUUUAUAUAAACAAAUUUCUAUUGAGAAUAUUAAAGGCAAAUGUUCAGUACUUUCACUUAAACAUUAUACUACUUAUCGAGUAACUGAAAUUCCUGAAAAUGAUGUUUAUGUAUGUGAAUCAAAAUAUAUUGCUGAUGAUCAUAGUCUUCGAUCGUUAACAAAAGGAUUAAAAAUAAAACCAAAGGAAACUCCUGGUGGCCCGUUCAAAUUGGUCGAAGAUGGUUCGUUUAUGGACGUGGAUGAUCAAACAAAUAGCAAUCAUGCCAGUAACGUCGAUGGAGACGAACAUCAAUCGAAUCAUUUGAACUUUGAAACGGCCAACAGUAGUACACCUACUAAUAAUACAACUACUAUUACUACUACUACUACUAACAAUACAUCAGUAACAACUCCUAAUAAAAAUAAUAAUAGUCGAAAAAAUAGUCGACGUGGAUCAUCAGCUCGUGCACCUUGUGGGUAUCUUGUAUUUGCAAGUGAAUCACGAAAACGUCUUAUUAAAGAUAAUCCGGGCAUUCCAUUCGGUGAAAUGAGUCGAAUGAUUGGUGAUCAGUGGCGACGAUUGACCGCAACUGAACGUGAUAAAUAUGAAGAAAAAGCGCGUGAACGAGCAAGAGAGCAAGAGGUGGCAGUUGCAGCAUCUUCACAAGUAACGAAUAAUAAUAAUAAUAACAAUAAUAUUAUAACAACAGCAACAACAACACCAUCAACAACAACAAAUUACGAUUCACACAAUAUGCCAGUUAUUAAUCCACCACGAUUAGUGAAUGGUAGUGUUACAAUUAAUGGACAUUAUCCAACAAAUCCUAAUAUACCAAAUGUUCAUCAAAUGAAUGGAAAUAUUCAGACAAUACAAAAACCACCAGCAACUUCAAUUGUUACUUGUCCACCUCGAACACAACGACUUGUUCAUUCAGAAGCUUAUUUAAGAUAUAUUGAAAAUUUAAAGCCUGAUAAUCAAUUUAUAUCAGAUUGGCCAAAACAAUUAAAAGCUUCAAUGAAUAAUACAGCAAAUUCAAGUAACGGAACGAAUACAUCACGAACAUUACCAUCGAAUUGGUUUUCAAAUGGUAGUCCCGGUCUUUAUAAUAAUGUUCAUGAAGCAUUAUGGUCAAUGAGAGAUAAUAUGUGGUCAGACGUUAUUCGAAUUCGAAAUGUACUUUCAGAUGAAUGGUAA